UUUUGCACUGGGCUACGUGCGGCCACAUUGCUAACUUACUUCAACGUGUUAGAAUGGGUGGAAAAACGAAACAAACGCCUCGCACCAAAAACAAUGCAAAGCCAUCGAGCAGCAGCCGCACAGCGGAACUGCUGGGCACAACGGCGCCCAUAUUCGUUGGUUUCUCCGCUCAGGCUGAUGGCAAUUUGGUGCCCUUUGCUCCAGGCUUUUCCAGCGCCGAACAAAUGCCAGAGACAUUCGAUGCCAGCAUCAGUCCACAGACCCAAAUAAUAUUGCGCAAGCUAUCCAAAAAGGAUCCUCUGACAAAAAAGAAGGCGCUGCAGGAGUUACAUGAACUCAUUACAGAAUCCGAUUUGGAUGCCCUCAAAAACAUUUUGCCCCUCUGGCCAAAAUUCUAUCACAAUCUGGCCAACGACGUGGAGCAUGCAGUGCGUGAGCAAACACAGAUUGUGCAACAAUUACUCGUCUCCAAAUGCAAACGGGCCAUGGCACCGUAUCUUAAGCAACUGGUGCCCGUCUGGUUGGCCAGUCGUUAUGAUAGCUAUGCGCCUGCGGCAAGCAUUGCGUCCAAUUCAUUUCGCGAGACCUUUGCACGAUCGGGCGAAGUGUGCUUACAUUGCGAAAGCGAAAUAAUUGAAUACUGUACACGCAAUUUGACCUUUCACACGCCUGCCACGCUAUCCAUAGGAAAAAGCCUAAAGCCGGAGGAAGCAGAGCAAAAGUAUCAACGUGUUGUCAUUGGCAGUUUAAAGGUUUUAGCUUUCUUUAUCGAGCAAACGUCACAGACAGCGGAGCAUGAGAAGCUGAAGGAAGGCUUAACCACGUUGUUGGCACAUCAAAAGUUUUGGACAUUUGCCAAGCACAAAGUGCCCGUCGUUAAAGCUGCUUGGUUUGACUGCAUCUAUCAUAUACUGCAAUGUGCGAACUUGCUUGAAGUCCUCACACCACAAAAAUCGCAACUCAUUACCACCAGCUUUCAAUUAAUCGACGAUGCCGAUCCACUUGUCGCACCCCACGUCUGGGGUUGCGUGCUGCUGCUGCAAAGCAACUACGCAGAUUGGUACUCUCCGCUCAAUAUACGCAAAGCACUGCUACCGAAGCUCUCUUCGUUGCUGCGCAAUGCGUUCAAUCGCAAUGCUCAGGCAAUUUGUCCGAAUCUGUUGCCGUUUCUAUCGAAGAUUACUGCCGAAAGCUUGCAAGACUUGGACCUUUAUGAAUUCUAUCAGCGCUUCUUCGAUGAUCUAAAAUCAGCAGUCGUGGGCACGCACGAACCACCGCUUUCCAAAGCGGACAUCUCCAUUAUACACAAUGCAUACUUUGAAUGCUUGCGCUUUAUGCUGCAGCAGAUCAACAAUAAUGCACAGCGUACAGCAGCAAUGGAGGAAUUCGGCUAUGGACUUCUGGAACAUCAGCUACUGGAGCCCAUUGGCAACUUGCUGCACAGUGAAAGCAACCAUGUCAAGUACUUCUUUCAACAUACUUCAGCGUUGGUUGCGUUCUGGGAUCGUGAAUGCAAUACUAAUAGCGAUAAAAGUGCCAGCUCCUUGUACGUGCAACUACUGAACAAGUUCUGGACGCGCAUUUUCGAUCUGGUCACACAAGAUCUCGCAGUGGAGGACGUCAAUGAGCAGCUGCUAUCCCAUGUACUGCUCUUGGUGCAGGAUCUACAUGUGGCCAAUCCCAGUUUAGAAACACAGAGCGUUAAGUUUGUUGAGGUAGAUGAGGAAGAAACUACUAAGGUGGCUUCACAGCAGUCGACGCCCACCAGAAAAGCCCAUGAUGCGGCUGCAUUCAUACAAAAAGAACUCAAGCAGUUGGUUGUGAAACUCGUGCGCAUUUGCCUGGAUAAGGCGAGCAGCAGCAGCAAUUCUGCCCGCUUUAUUAGGCAAGUGCGCACGCUGACUAAAAUGUUCACAGAUGCAGAGUUCUACAAAAGUUUGACAGAACGUGGCGAACUGCAUGCUACGCUGGAUAAAUUUGUAUCGAUUCUAGGAAAAUUAAAUGACGAUGCCUGCGAGUCGGUUGUGGAUAUUCUCUUUGAGAUUCUGUCCCUGCAAGAGCCGGUGCCCCGCUUCGAGUACAUUGGUGGAACGCUGUUGAAGAUACAACAAGACCGUGUACAGAAUUUACUGCUGCAUCGUCUGCUCUCGUAUCCGCUAUGCACCGAACCUGCCGUACGGCAAAUGCUCGCCAGCCCAGACACUUGCGAGGUAAUCAGACGCAUUGCCGAAGAGGUGGUGGUGGAUAACAAUCGGGAUAAGCUGAAUUUGCUGCACAAAUGCUUCUUUCAAACGGAUACUGGUGAUAUUCUAAUAAACGCAUCAACUGUGGACAAUAUACUGUUAGCCAUGUGCCAACCAUUGGAAGAGAUAGCUGAAAAUGAUAUGAUCGAGGUGUGCGGCAGCUUUAUCGCUCAGAUAAUGCCCGUCAUAUGCAGCAAGGCGAACUCUUCGCUUGCAGUGCGCCAGAAGGUGUUUUUAAAAUUGUUUAAGUUCAGCUUAGAGCAGAAAGUUAGUGAUUACCUAUCGGAGGACACACUGUGGGAGAUAACUACUUGCUGGCAGGAUGCCCUGUCAAGUAAAGAUAUUGAAAUCAACGAUGAGCUGCUCCAUAGUUGUGCGCGCAUCGUGGAGGAACUGGUAACGAAUGCCGAGCAUGAUGCCAGUAGCUUGCAAGACAUGGCAGAGACUGUGGCCAAAUUUAUCAUCUGCUCUACGGAGAACAUUGAGGAUGAGACGCAACGUUUGUCGCGCAUAGACGAGACCUUGGUGGCGUUGCUUAGCUCUGAACUAAAGACGAACGACCUUGUGCUGCAAUUCGAACAGCAUUCUGUCUAUCUGGAGGCGGUGCACAGUUCAAUUAGUGCUGGCAUUCCCUUCAACAGUGCUGGCUUUGAUGAAGAUAAAGUCAUCCCGUUGGUGCGUAGAGCAGCGCUCAAUUUCACGACAAUUUGCAAGCUGGUUUGCCGUGUGGACAGUCCACAGCUGACGGAUAUUUCCAACGAAGGCGAGGAUGAGCUCACCGAAGACUAUUGUGAUCCCAAUGCCAAUCUGCUAAAGCAAUGGAGCGAGUGCCUAAUUGUUGAGAUGCUACAGUGUAUGCACGUGGCUUCAGCUGCCGAUGCCUGGCUAGAACUUGUCGAUAAGGUGGAUGCUGCCAGUGAAGAGGUUGUGCUAUUUCUAUCCGAGCAGUUGUGCAGCUUUCUGGGAAAUGUCAGCGAAUUGGUUGAGAUCAUUAAGGAACGGCUGCAGCAGGAAGCACUGCAGCAAAAUAACGUCAUCAUCUAUCGUCUGUUGGGUUAUCUGAUUAACACUGAUCAUUAUGAGUCUUUCGAGGAAAACGCUACAAUUCUGCUACACGAAGAUCUCGCCGAACUGUUUCUAUCAAAGGGCGCGAUUAAUGCUUAUGUGCUAACGAUGCAGCACUUGCUGCCGAAACUGGCGCAAAAUUCGAUCAACUGGAAUAGCGCCAUCAUGCGAACGGAACCUAGUGAUAUGUGGUCGAAAGCAGCUGUCUUCCGCUCUUUGCUACUCAAUAAUUUCGAAUCAGACGAGAAUAAGAAAACAGAUCACCAAUAUAUUGCUUCCGCGGUUCAGUAUAUAACUCGCAUUGGUGACCAGCAGAGUGCAACAAAAGAGCUUCUACAUUAUAAUGUCGAGCUACUUAAUCAAUCAUAUGAGUCAGUGAUAAAUACUGUGGAAAUUAUUAAGCUGCUUAAUGAGCUCCUACUACGCUUUCCCUAUGAGCUGACCAUUAAGAACUGGGAUACCAUACGCAUUGGCCUUGGAUCCUGGGUGCUUACAGUUUCCAAAUCGAUGACAAAUUACAAAGAUCCAAAGACAUCCUUCUUCAUUGUGGCUGUGUUUCAACUAUUCGCAACGCUAAUUUCUUUUAUACGAUCGGAGAAGCAGAAGAGCUCAACAGAGCUACUUAAGAAUGUGAUUGAUGAAUGGGAGAGCCUCUUUGCCAGGGAAGUGAAUGUGGUGCUCUUUAAGUCCUAUUAUAAGCUCACUCAUGAGAUAGAUGUUGCUCCCGAUUUUCGCGGAUGCUACGCAGCUUUGUUGGAGCGUAUACUUCCCGCGCUUGAGCUGAUGGAUUAUAGUUUUAUUUACGGGUUCUGCAAAGUGCCACACUCAACGCUAUCUCUGGAUCACCUGUGCAAUUUUCUGCUCAAGCAACUUCACAGUUCACAGCAUUCCGUUCGCCUGAAUUCGGUUCAUGCUCUUCGUCAGUUAACGCCUCAGUUCGUGGCCGAUGAUAUUGAACUGAAUGAUAAGCAAAGCGAUAAUAUUGAAGCUGCCUCUUCGACGAUUUCGAAGUGGCAUUUUCUCAAUCGUUUUGAGGAUUAUCUGAAUCGAUAUGAUGCACUCAUACGCAAGUAUUUGCCAGAGUUUAGUUUUAAGGUAACUGAAUUGGAGGAUCUGGAGCCAAUUGAUAGACACAAUGCCUAUAGUUAUCUGCUGAUAUGGGACUGCAUUAUAAAUUGCUGUGCUAAGUCGCCAGUCGCUUUACGUUCCGUCUACACGAGCUGGCUUAACGAGAAUCAUUACGAGGAGAAUUUUCUACAUUUCCUGUUUCGUGCCAUGCCAGUGGACAUAUUGAAGAAUCAUAGCGCCAAAGUGCACAGCAAUGGUGUAUUCAAAGAGCUAACUUGGUCCCAGCUGCAGGAUCCCCAGUUGUCAGUGGAACGAUAUGCCUGCCAUCUGUAUACGGAAGUGCUGCGCAAGUUGCCCGCCGUGGUGCGCAAAUGGUGGAACACCAGCCAAUCCAGGCAGAAGAACUUCGUGGACAAUCUAACAUCUAAUUAUGUGAGCGCAUUGAUCUGCAGCGAGGAGCUGAAGGCCAUCGUUAAUCGCAAGGAAAAACAUGAAAAUAUGCAGGUGACAGUGCAUACAUCGACUCGAGAGGUCCUGGCCGUUUAUGCCAUUGACGAGGCACGCAUGGAGCUCGUCAUUACGCUGGCGCCCAACUAUCCACUCGGUGCUGUUAAAGUCGAGUGUGGCAAGCAAAUUGGCGGACGUGCCAAUUCACGUAAUGUUGGCAUGCAGCUGACCAUCUUUUUGACGCAUCAGAAUGGCACCAUUAACGAUGGUCUGACGCUGUGGAAAAAUAAUUUGGAUAAGAAAUUCGAGGGCGUGGAGGAAUGCUAUGUUUGCUAUACUGUCAUACACCAGGACACCUGCCAGCUGCCCAAAUUGACAUGCAAGACUUGCAAAAAGAAGUUUCACGGACCCUGUUUGUACAAAUGGUUCACCACCAGCAGCAAAUCUACCUGUCCAAUCUGUCGUAACGUCUUCUAAAGGAUCUACUUCAUUGAUACAGUUUAUGGCGGCACGUAUUAAUCUAGGCACAAGAAAAUCAUUGCUGACAGUCAAUAGUUAUAUUUUUUUGGCCCUACCUGUAAAUCAGUACAUAAUAACAAUAAAUUCGCAAUA